AUGCAUUUAAUUUCCUUCUUUAACCCCCCUUCCAUUACUUAUUCUUUCUUUCUUUCUUUCUUUCUUUCUUUCUUUAUCUUCACUUUUCAUUUAAUUUACUUCUUUAACCUUCCUUUCAUUAUUUUCUACCUUCUUUCCUUCGUUUCUUUCGUUCUUUCUUUCUUUCUUUCUUUCUUUCUUUCUUUCUUUCUCUUCACUUUUCGCGUAUUUUAUUUUUCCCUCUUUCUUCCAUAUUUCCCAUUUGUACUUUCUUUCUUUCUUUCUUUCCUUCUUUCUUUCUUUCUUUCUUUCUUUCUUUCUUUCUUUCCUUCUUUCUUUCUUUCUUUCUUUCUUUCUUUCCUUCUUUCUUUCUUUCUGUCUCUUCAUUUCACACAUUUUAUUUCCUCUUUAACCUCUCCUUUCAUUAACUACUUCCUUCUUUCUUUCUUUCUUUCUUUCUUUCCUUCUUUCUUUCCUUCUUUCUUUCUUUCUUUCUGUCUCUUCAGUUUCACACAUUUUAUUUCCUCUUUAACCUCUCCUUUCAUUAACUACUUCCUUCUUUCUUUCUUUCUUUCUUUCUUUCUUUCUUUCUUUCCUUCUUUCCUUCUUUCUUUCUUUCUUUCUUUCCUUCUUUCUUUCUUUCCUUCUUUCUUUCUUUCUUUCUUCUCAAUCGCUUACAAGAUGCACGUCACCCAUAACAAAGUGUUUGCUGUCCACGGCCCCACCUAUCUUGUCCUUGCGGACCCCCUGUGGUCCGCCGACCACAGUUUGAAAACCCCUGAUCUAGAGUUUUAG